UGCCAUGAGUUAAGUGUAUUUAUACACUACAGUACACAGGGUAUCCCAGAUGGCGGGCCGACAGCUAGGCAAGAGGCUGAUACAGUUCCUGGACCGUUUCCACCAGGCGGCCUUCAGCCCAAAGUACUUGUUCUACACCAACAUUGGCAUCUCGGUGGGCCUGAGCAUGGUGGGCGAUGCCAUGGAGCAGACCUACGAAAGGAUGAUCGGCGAGAUACCCGAAUGGAACCGUGUCCGAACCGUGCGGAUGGGAAUCUCUGGGUUAACGGUGGGCGUGGUGUGCCACUAUUGGUACCACUACCUGGACUUUUAUUUCCCGCAACGUACCCUAAAGACGGUUAUAAUCAAGAUCCUGCUAGAUCAGUUCAUCUGCUCACCAUUCUACAUGGCUGUCUUUUUCCUAACCAUGGCCUUGCUGGAGGACACGACUUGGGAAGAGCUGAAGCAGGAGAUCCGGGACAAGGCCCCCAUCCUCUAUGCCGCCGAGUGGACAGUGUGGCCUGUGGCUCAGUUAAUCAACUUCUGGCUGCUCAAGCCCCAGUAUCGAGUCUUGUAUGAUAACACCAUAAGCCUGGGCUAUGACAUCUUUACCUCACAGAUCAAGUAUCGCAAGAAACCCACCGACGAGAUCGAGCCUAAAAAGGGAAAAUAACCCUACCCUAGAAUAUUUGUGAAAACUUUCAAUAGUCAAAAUACUAAACAAUGUGUUGUAUAGAAAGUAGAUAUAGCACAUUUGGGAUCUGCUUAUUCGACAAUGUAGACUGCCGCUAAAAAGAUUGUUAAAUUCCUCGUCUCUGUAAUAAAUCAUUCCCAAUGCCCGAACAUGCUUAAA